GGACCCAGCAUUCACAAUAGGGGGGACAAUACAUGGCACCCUGCAUUCAACAACAAACAACGUCGGGGGACCCUGCAUUCACUAUAUCUGGUCUCCUCGGACCCUGCAUUCACUAUAUCUGGUCUCCCCGACCCUGCAUUCACUAUAUCUGGUCUCCCCGGACCCUGCAUUCACUAUAUCUGGUCUCCCUGGACCCUGCACUCACUAUAUCCGGUCUCCCUGGAUCCUGCAUUCACUAUAUCUGGUCUCCCUGGACCCUGCAUUCACUAUAUAUCUGGUCUCCCUGGACCCUGCAUUCACUAUAUCCGCUCUCC